UGCUGCUUGUACUUUCGGUAAGAUAGAACACAGGAAAGGACGUGCACGCAGAGAAAAGCUAGGUCAAGGUUUUUAGAAAGAGCAUAUGCUUUAAAUAGAUCCACAGAAAACCCACGGGACAUCACGCAGAAGCAUGGAUCAGCAUACCUGUACACUUCUUGUACUCGCUGUUUUUAAAGGAUCACCAAUAUCUGCUGCAGAGGAUCUAAUGCUACAGGAAGCCUGAAAACAACAAUGCACAAGCAGUGAGCGCCUAUCUGAUUGACAGUCGAUCAGCAGUGUGGUUUAACCAGUCCUGUCACUUUCCAUUUGACGUGUGCAUGUUUUUGGACUGUCAGCCGGAGGGACUAUUUUAAAACCGGCCAACUGUUUUUGAUGUUCCUCACGCGAAUGCAUGAAUCAAACUGUCAGCCUGGCCUUUCCUGUUUUAUUUCCAGUAUUCAGUUAAAAUGGUAGCCAGCUGCUUUCUUGAACACAGCUGGGUGAAAUAGCAUUGCACUGGCCGACAGACACCUCGAUCUGAGCCGGGGAUGUGCGUGAGCUAAAGCCGCUGAACACUGAUGGCCGCAUCGUGCCGAUAACAGCCGAUUCGAGCUAAAAUUCCCGCGCCGAAGAUCUGAGAAAUGAGCUCGUCUCCUUUCCUCUGAUGCACUCGAGCUAAGGGCCGUCCUGGUGGAUUUGCCCCUGACCCAGCGGAGCGUUUCCAGCCCACCCCUGCUCCACGCCCAUCAUGCUGAUCAAAGAGUACCGUAUCCCCAUGCCCAUGAGCGUGGAGGAGUACCGCAUCGCUCAGCUCUACAUGAUUCAGAAAAAGAGUCGUGAAGAGAGCGAAGGCGAGGGCAGCGGGGUGGAGAUCCUGGAGAACCGACCCUAUACGGACGGGCCGGGCGGCUCUGGUCAGUACACACAUAAGGUCUACCACAUCGGCCAACACAUUCCCAGCUGGUUCCGUUCAAUUUUGCCGAAAGCUGCUCUUCGUGUGGAGGAGGAAUCCUGGAACGCCUACCCUUACACCCGCACACGCUACACAUGUCCCUUUGUCGAAAAGUUUUCCAUCGAUAUUGAGACAUACUACAAGCCUGACACAGGUACCCAGAAUGAUGUCUUCAACAUGUCCUCUAACGAGAAGAGACAACGGGACAUAGACCCCAUUGACAUUGUGAAAGAUUUCAUUGGCCCUCAUGAGUACCUGGCCGAGGAGGAUCCUAAACUCUUCAAGUCUGUAAAAACCCAGCGGGGCCCCCUGUCCGACGACUGGAUCUUGGAAAUCAGCAACAACCCAGGCACAAUGCCCGUCAUGUGCGCUUACAAGUUGUGCAAAGUGGAGUUCCGUUACUGGGGCAUGCAGUCUAAGAUUGAACGCUUCAUUCACGACGUGGGUUUGAGGAAGGUGAUGGUCCGUGCCCAUCGGCAGGCGUGGUGCUGGCAGGAUGAGUGGUACGGUCUCACCAUGGAGGACAUCCGGCAACUUGAGCUGGAGACCCAGCUGGCCCUUGCGCAGAAGAUGGCACAGUACAGCUGCAAUGAAGAAAGCGGCGAGAACAAUGGCACGGUUACCAACCCUGAGAAAGAGCUCGAAAACAAAGAGGCCAUCAGCUCCAUCGAGGCAGAUGGUACGGCGAGGAGCAUGGGAGACACUCUACAGGCGCGAGGAGAGCUGACCAAGCAGUGGUCCACCUCCUCCAGGUCUUCACGCUCCUCCAAGAGGGGUGGAAGCCCUUCAUGCCACAGCAUUUCUGAAUGGCGUAUGCAGAGUAUCGCUAGAGACUCUGAGGACAGCACAGAUGACGAGUUCUUUGAUGCUCAUGAGGACCUUUCUGACAAUGAGGACAUCUUUGCCAAGGAGAUCACGAAAUGGAGCUCUAACGACCUGAUGGAUAAAAUCGAGACAGCGGAGGAAGUCCAGGGUGACUUGUAUCAAGAAUCUGGGGUGGAGUUUUCUGGGACGGCCAGCAUGGACCGCCUCAAUGAGGAUUGCUCGUCACAGCAGUGUUUACAACCCUCCAAAAUCCACGUCCUCAUCCUUGUCCUGCAUGGCGGAAACAUCCUAGACACGGGCAUCGGUGACCAGAACGGCAAGCAGUGUGAUGUCAACACCAUCAGCAGCGCGUUUGAUGCUGUGAUGAGGGUUCAUUAUCCAACCGCUUUGAGCCGCAUUGCCAUUCGCAUGGUGCCGUGUCCGGCGGUGUGUGUGGAGGCUUUCUCUCUGGUGUCAAAUUUGAGUCCGUACAGCUAUGAUGAGGGCUGUUUGUCCAACAGUCAGGAUCACAUCCCUCUGGCCGCCCUGCCCCUAUUGGCCACCUCUGCACCACAGUACCAAGACGCCGUGGCUACGGUCAUAGUGCGAGCCAAUCAGGUCUACGGUGACUUCAUCAAAUCCCUGGAGGGGGCCACUUUCACAGGCCAAGUGUGUCUAAUCGGUGACUGUGUUGGAGGGAUUCUGGGAUUUGAUGCUCUCUGCAGCAGUAACAUUACAGUGUCAGAGAGUCAGAACAGCAGCCGACGGGGCAGUAUAGUCAGCGUACAGGACAACGAUCUGUUAUCACCAGGGAUCAUAAUUAACAGCACUCACUGCUCAGGAUCAGGUUCAGGAUCGGGAUUGUCUCUGGAGGGCAGCCGUCAUCUCAGUCGCAGUAAUAUAGACAUUCCACGCUGCAGCGGUCCUGAUGACCCCAAAAAACAGCUGCCACGAAAACGCAGCGACUCUUCAACUUACGAGCUGGACACCAUCAAACAGCACCAGGCCUUCCUGACCAGUCUGCACUCUAGCGUUUUGCGGAACGAUCCGGGAUCACGGAGGUCCAGCAGCAGUACCAUGCUGGAGGGCGGCGGCGCUCUGGGCAAGUUCGACUUUGAAGUGUCUGACUUCUUCCUCUUUGGCUCUCCGCUGGGUCUCGUCCUUGCACUGAGGAAGACUGUGGUCCCUUCUCUAGAUGUGGCUCAUCUCCGUCCAGCGUGCCAGCAGGUGUACAACUUGUUCCACCCCGCGGACCCCUCUGCCUCGCGUCUAGAGCCCCUGCUGGAGAAGCGUUUUCACCUGCUGCCUCCGUUCAGUGUGCCCCGCUACCAGCGCUUCCCCCUCGGGGACGGCCAGUCGGCCCUGCUGGUGGAAACCAUCCAGAGUUCCCCUCACCUCCUGUUGGAGAGUGGGAGCUGUGCCGCCCAGCGCUGUCAGGAUGGCAUCAGUGAGACUUCCAUUCCCGUCCCUGUGCUCAACUGGCAGGCCAUGCCGGCCCCGGCCGAGUCGGAUGUGAUGCACUCUCACGGCAUUAUGUUUUCGGAACACUCCAAUCCUUCGUCUCCAGCGUCAGCUCCAGCCUUCCGUGGGGCUCGGAGAUCCAGUGAGACCAGCAUCGCCAGCCAGGUGUCGGGAUUAGCGGACACUUACACUGCCUCCAACAUUGCCAACACAUGGCAACUUAGUCUCUCCAAAAAGCUCAGUCUUUUGUCCCAAUUGGCCCGCCCCUAUAAUAAAAGCGGCUCCCAAAGUCCCUCCCCCAAAUCCUGCAGCAAAGUGCAAAAUAGGCAGCAGGUAGAAUCACAGGAUUGCAGCUGUUUGGAUGAUUCAGAGCAGAGCAACUCUCUAGGCUUUGAGCCCUCCCCCACGCUCGGCUCAGACCCGCCAUCACCAUGUGUCCCGCUGGACAUCGAGCAAGUCGCGGCACGUUGGUGGGGCACUAAGCGCAUUGAUUUUGCACUCUAUUGUCCUGAUGCCCUCACUGCGUUCCCUACCGUGGCUCUACCUCACCUGUUCCAUGCCUCCUAUUGGGAAUCAACUGACGUUGUGUCUUUCCUAUUACGACAGGUCAUGAGGCAUGAGAACUCUAGUAUUUUGGAACUCGAUGGGAAGGAGGUGUCAGAAUUCACUCCGUCCAAACCACGGGAGAAGUGGAUGAGGAAGAGGACACACGUGAAGAUCAGGAAUGUUACAGCAAACCAUCGUGUGAAUGAUGCCGUGUUCACGGAGGAUGGCUCUCAGGUGGUCACAGGUCGCUUCAUGUAUGGACCCCUGGAUAUGGUCACAUUGACAGGAGAGAAGGUGGACAUCCAUAUCAUGACGCAGCCUCCGUCUGGUGAGUGGGUGUACUUUGACACAGAACUGACCAAUAGCAGCGGCCGAAUCUCCUAUGUGAUUCCUGAGAGUAAACGGUUGGGAAUUGGAGUGUAUCCUGUCAAAAUGGUGGUCAGGGGCGACCACACAUCUGCGGACAGUUACCUGACCGUGUUGCCCCAUGGCACUGAGUUUGUCGUGUUCAGCAUUGAUGGCUCUUUUGCCGCUAGCGUGUCCAUCAUGGGCAGUGAUCCUAAAGUGCGUGCAGGAGCAGUUGACGUGGUCAGGCACUGGCAGGACCUGGGCUAUUUGAUCGUGUAUGUGACAGGACGUCCAGACAUGCAGAAGCAGCGUGUGGUGGCCUGGCUUUCACAGCACAACUUCCCUCAUGGAAUCGUGUCCUUCUGUGAUGGCCUGGUACAUGACCCGCUCCGACACAAAACCAACUUCCUCAAGUCUCUCAUCACAGAGGCACAAAUGAAGAUCUUUGCUGCUUAUGGUUCUACUAAAGACAUCUCAGUGUACACGUCACUGGGCCUGCCUCCAUCACAGAUCUACAUUGUGGGGAGACUGACCAAGAAGAUGCAACAUCAGUGUCAGUUCAUCGCCGAUGGCUAUGCAUCUCACCUGUCCCAGCUGGAGUACAAUCAGAGGUCAAGACCCGCUAAGACUGGCAGUGCUCGCAUGGUCCUGCGGAAAGGCAGUUUCGGACUGGGCGGCAGUGGCGACUUCCUGCGAAAGCGCAAUCACCUGCUGCGCACCAUCUCCUCGCAACCCACCUCCACCACGCCGGUUGUGCAAGUGGGCCGUCCCGAACGUGCCCAGAGCCAAUCCGAAUGUGACCGAGAGCGGGCAGAGCGUGCUCAGAGAAGCAUGAGCAUUGCAGCGGGCUGCUGGGGCCGGACCAGCAAACUCGAGGGCGGAGCUCUGAGCCCUAAAUAGGCUCCACCCACCGGGUCCAAGUUCUGGGGGAAUGGAAGGCACUCCGUACGACACAAAAACACGUGCGUGGCCUGCAAAACUGGGAGUCGGACCCUGUAACGUCGGGACAAACGUAAUCUCACGGUACUACAACGAACUCUGUGAUAAAACCUCACCACCGCAUUACUAUUGUUGCAUGAGAGUCAUUUGGGAAAAGAAGAUUUUUAUUUUAUGUAUUUUUUUGUCCGACAGCCAAACAUUUUCACGACAACAAAUUCUAGCGCCUUAAGCAUCGCUCUGGGUCAUGGCCCUCGCUUCUGACUUGAUUGAAUGUACUGUUUGCAUGGGAGACAAAUCGUUGGGUGGGUUUGGACUCUUCCCCUUCCCCCGCCAUCAAGGAACAUCCAGGAAGUUCUCCUCAAUUUCCCGUUUGGCAUCGACAGAGUGUCCCUCACAUGUAUAUACGUGCCUCCUCUUACCUGCUCAGGGCAGCCAUGAAUUAGAGGAGCUUAGAAGACCCAGAGGCCAUUUCACUUCUCUCAUGCUCUUACGGUUUAUUCAUUUUCGCUCUCUAUCUCUCGCUGUUCUGUCGCCCGAUCUUGGUGACAUCUCAGUCAAAACCUAGCAGCAUUUGGCAAUAAGGAUUGAACCCCAUCACACUUGGUCUGCAGGUCGUCAGAGGCCUUAACUUUGUUUUCAGAGUAUGAAUGGAGAGCCGUAUCUCUCUUAAGUCCUCAAAAGGAGCAACUAUCCCUUUACAAGGCCAUCUACUUGCAAUACCUCUGAGGGCGCCAUUUCUCAAACAAGACGCUCUCGACAUGGGCUGCUGGGUCACGUUCUGCAUUUCUUUAUUUCUGAGCCACCAAACAACAAUCGUAAGCACACGUGCAAUUUCACUCCACAUCUGAUCUGCUGUAAAAACGUUCCCGCUGUUUCUUAAGACUCGGAAAAGCUCGCAGUCCCCCAUGAGGACAGGCUGCGCAGCUUGCUGUAUUUGCAUGGUCACAAGAUUUCUCUGUCACAAUUGGAGACCAAUUUCACACAUUCUCAACUGUUUCCUCUUGAACUUUGCACUCAUUUCCGGGUGAUCAGGGAGUGAUGAAUCGAUCACUCGCUCGAUACCGCCGAUGGCCAAAAUGAAUUCAUGUCGAAAGCUGUAGUUCUGCAACUGCAUAACCUCAUUGUUAUUUUGCACUAGUGGAAAAGAGGAGGUCCUUGUUACCAUCUCAUGUCGCUACAUAACUUUUACGUGUAGUACAUGACCCUUAUUAUUUAUGGCAGGGUAUUUGUGCGUAUAUGCACGAUUAUAGAGUUCUCCGACGUAUAGGAAACAAAAUAAAGCAAGAAAUGUGCCAAAACCAGGCAUAUCGUAGGAACCCAAAUACGUAUAACGUUUCUAAUGUAUUGUAGCAACGUUUCCAGAGCGGUUGAGCGGUUGCAAUGGGACAUGUAUAAUGUUUUUAAGAUUUUAGAUCAUUUUAGAUCAACUUACGUCCUUUAAAGUUUAGUAAUUUAUGCUAUUGUCCAUAUGUUCAUAUGUAAGUGAUUGAGGUAUAUAGAAAUUGUGCUUUUUAUUUUACGAUUUUAGAUCGGACAGCAUGACAAAGUCGCUUCAGUCGGGUGGAGUCGUGAACUGUAUGCGGUUUGUUUAAAUAUCAUGUCAUGAACACACUGGAAUAGCCAUGCUGCAUGUGCGGACAUAUGCGCUAAUGAUUUCAAAUCAAGCUUUAUGUUAGAUUGUAUCAACUGGGAGGUUUCGAACACAGCCGACGGUUUUCGGCCCCAGUUUUCGCUGUUCAUCUGGAGUGGAUGUUAUGAUCUGUGGUCUGAAUGGGACGUAAAACAGUGUAGAUAUUGUAAAGAUACUGUAAAGAAAUUUCACUAUAUAGGAUAUGUUACAGUCAGAAUUUAUUUAUUUCUGUAACUUCAUAAGAUUAUGGUUAUUUCAGGUUUAGACUGUAUUUCAUAUGUUGCUUUUAUUUUUGUCUGACAGUUCUGAAAAGCUUAUUUUAAGGACCAAUGAUGUGUCUCCUUGUGCAUAAUCGUUGACAGUGUUUCUGUAGCCAAAUUCUAGAGGACGCCACCGCACCACACGGACAAUCAAGUCUGUUCAGCAAACAAACAACAUCCUGCAAACAAAACCAGCAAGGAGCACGCACACAUAUGUACAAACAAAUGGUCGAUUUCUUAUUCUGCAGACAUUCUGGACAACUCGUACUCUGGAAAAUGGUUUAUCGCAUUGAUGCACUGGGAGUCAAAAUGUCCACGUAAUGUGAAUUGGUUUGUAAAGGUUUCAUUAAUGUUGUUACAUUUUUCUGUGAUAAAUUUGCUCCAAACUGCUUGAUUUUAAUUGGUGCUGAACAAGGUUUGCCGUUGCCACUUGAAAAGAAAAAAGUAGCUUUUAAAUUUGCAUUUGGACUGGCAUUGCUAGUCUUCGUAGGUAAUGUUCAAAAGUUUUAUUGCGUCUAGUUGGUACUAGACAUCAGGGGCUCUCUGUGGAAAUGUUCUAAAAUGUUACUGACAUCUGAAAAAUUGUAUGAGUGAAAUCUAGAUCACCUUUGUUGGUUUAUUAUGUCAAAGAAAUAACUAUUUGAAUGUUAGCCACUAAACAAAUUCUCAGUCUGGAAAUUGCAAUUUUCCAUCAUACUGUUCCACAUUCACUCACAUCAACAACUUCUACAACCUACUGCAGUUUUUUAUCACUGGCUGUUUUUCAAAUCUAGCUAUUUUUCAGGAGUGCUGAGCAAGUUGAUGUGCGCCAUCCACUUAAUUGAUUUCCAAUUCCGAGAUUCAGAUAUCGCAGGGAGUCAUAUGACACUUUGUGCCACAAUUCUGAACUCUUUUUACAUUUAUUUAAAUAUACGUGGUCUCACUUGUAGGCCAGUGUACGAGUAUUAUAUCCACAGAUAAAACUGAUUAUAGCCACUUUUGUACUUUGCAUGUCACAGGAAAAGCUUUCGUACAGUUUCCUGUAUUCAGUAAUGGGCCACAAAAACAUACCUUCAGUUACUAUGUUACUACCAAAUAUUUAAAUUAUCUUAAAAAGUGUUAAGGCAAAACUUAGCGAAUCUCAAAUCAAACAAUAUUUUUAAAGGAAUAUUCCGGGUUCAAUACAAGUCAAGCUCACUCAGCAUUUGUGGCAUAAUGUUGCUUACCACAAAAAUGUCAAAAAAAAAAAAAAAAAAAAAAAGAAAA